UCAAAAUACGUAUUUUGACGUGUUUUCGCAUGUGAUGUGAUAUUCUUUAAACAAAAAUAUAAAAAUGUCUGUGGUAAAGAAAAAGAAGCAUGUAUCUAAAAAGAAUAAAAAGGCGUGGCGUAAAUACUGUGAUAUCACAGAUGUGGAGGAAUUUCUAGAGGAUCAACGCCUGGAAGAAAGACUCGGAAAAUUUGAAACCAAACCAGACAGUGAGUUGUUUGUAGUAGACACACAGGGUGAUGUGAAAAAUCUAGAGGAAGAUGUGAAGCCAACCUUUGUAUCCGCUAAGCAGAGAAAACGUCUACAACUUGCAGCAACUCCUAAAUGUUAUGAAAUAUUAUUGCCAUCAUCGAAGGUGGAAGAUCCAAAUAAAAAACGUAAUCAUGUAAAUCCUGUGGGUUUCAAGCCUACUGCGUUAAGUAAAAUAUCUGAGAAGCGUCGCUUUGCCAAAGGUAUUUAUGAGAAGAAAUUGCAAGAAGUGAAGAAGAAUAGAAAGAUGGAACUGCAAAAGAAAAAGAAAAUGAAGAAGGCAAGAGAGACUUUCAAAUUAAAUCUUUGGGGAGGAGAUGUGCCAGAAAUUAAAGGGAUCCCAGAAACAUUAUGUGAUGAGUUCAUUUCUUCAGAAGCACAAUUACAUAAUGUAUUGCCCGUCCAGAGAAUUAGACCGAAGCCACCACCUCCUAAGACGGUCACAAGAGCAGCAGUGGAGACUCCACACCCUGGUAUCAGUUAUAAUCCAUCCUAUAAGGAACACCAAGAGUUACUGCAGGAAGUUGUUAAUCAUGAGCAGAAGCUGAUGAAACGGGAAGCACACUUGCUCAGGGUCACCAAUAAAAUGUUCAGGAAGGUCACCGCUACGGAGAAAGAGAAUCAAUGGCACGAAGAAAUGAGCGAGGGUCUUCCUCAACCGCACAAUCCGGCGGAUAAUCCAACACAAUCCGAUGCUGAUACUGAUGACGAAUAUAAAGCUGUGAACCCACCAGUUCAGAACAAGAAGAAGGAUCACAAGGCCAGAAGGAAACAGAGGGAGCAGAUAGAGGAACGGGAAAAGUUAAAGAGGCAGAAGAUUGAAAAGAAGAAGAUAACCGAUUUGUACAGGCUUCGUAAACUGCAGUCGUCAAUAUUGAAAACGGAAGAACGCCAGAAGGAGGAAUGUACAAAACGCUCGAGCAAACGCACCGCAGCCGCAGCCACCGCUCUACCCGCACUCAAUGCACACAAAAUCAACAAGAAAGAACCGGACUUCAUCGAUCCAGAACAACUUACUGGGGACUUGAUGCACAUCAAUAGUAAAACAAACCUCCUUCGCGAAAGAUACGAGUCGCUUCAACGACGCGGUGCACUCGCUGGAGCUAAACUCAUGAUGAAGAAGAAGAGGAAGGUAAAGAGUUACUUCAAACCAGGCCAUAAGGUCACCGAUCAAGAGAUAGAGAGGUACAUAACGAGAUCCGCAGGUAAAAAGUGAGCUUAACCUGUCGUUUAUAAGAUGCAAAGUUGUAAAUUUAGAUUACUUCGCAAAAUAAAUUAUAUUGUGGAUGUA